UUCCCACAAAGCGUGCCUGAUCUCUGGAGCAGACAUGAUGUGUGGUGCCUUCAUUUUGUUUGUGAUCACUAGCGUAGUCUUCAUAACUAUUCACCAGUCACACUGCACAGAAGACUUACCAGAUUACUUGGAAGGAGAUACUAAUGUUUCAGACUACAUGAAAGAUCUUCCGGUAACCUGCUCUGCGAGAGAAAUACUUGUGGAGAAAGCUCAACGAGAGAGCAAGCUUUGCCGGCCAGAACUCACACACCCAAUAAAGGUCCAAGAGCUGAGGCUCUGCAUCUGUAAGCCAGGUUAUGUGCGGAAUGCCUGGGACAAAUGCAUCUACGAGCACGAAUGUCAAAGGUGUAAAGCUUUGCGCAACGAGGACUACAACGACUUUUGCGUUUGCGCCUACAAAUGCGACAAGCCGGUGAAUAUCCGGUGCCAGGGUGGAUGCAAGAGUGGUUGCGACUGCGCUCCGGGAUUCUCAAGGGACAACAACGACAAGUGCGUGCCAAUCAGCGAGUGCCCUCCAAUAUGUCCAGCAAACUCAACAUUUGAGCUCUGCAAAUCCGGCUGCGAGCCUUUGUGCCGCCUUCCUCCCCCGAAAAAAGAUUGCGUGCCCUCGUGCAACAAAGGAAACUGCAUCUGCGAAGACGGCCAUGCAAUGGAAGCUGGUGUGUGCUUUCCUUGGAAGCACUGUCCCAAAACAGCACUCACCGCACAAUAUUUCACUCAAGCACUCACGAUGCGCAUCGCCAUCCUCUCGAGCUUGAUCAUCUGUUGCUCCUCACAAACUACGCAGAACUAUGGUGAUUCCACCUCGUGCAGAAGCAAAGAGAAACCCGCAGGAGAAACGCCGCUUGUGGACACGUUCUGCAAUCCCGAACUCACGCAUCCGUCCGAGCUUAACAAGUUGAGGCACUGCCUAUGCGAAGCCGGUUACGUGCGCAACGCUUGGGGCAACUGCAUCACUUCUAAGGAGUGCGAGAUGUGCAAGGCAGUGCCAAACCAGGAAUUCAGCGACUGCGGGUCUGCGUGCCCCUUGACUUGCGCCGAACUGGUUCCCAAGUCCUGUACGCGUCAGUGCGUUGUCGGGUGUGCCUGCCCACCGGGAUACCUGCGUGCUUCCAACAACACGGAUGAAUGUAUGCCCGUGAGCAAGUGUGCGCCGAUAUGUCCACCAAACUCAAGUUUCGAACUGUGCCAGCACGGCUGCGAGCCACGGUGUGGCGAGCCUCCCCCGCCUGACACCUGCGUGCCGCAAUGCUCCAGUGGCGAUUGCGUAUGCAAGCAGGGUUACGCGAUGGCCUUCGUGUCCCAACAGACAAUGUGCGUCCGGUGGAACCACUGCCCACGGGACUCCUAGCUCGAAUAUGACUUUAAAAAAAAGCUUGUUUUGAGUAGAUAAAUAAAUGACCUUAGCAAGCA